AUGUUGUUUCACAGUUCAGAAAACAUUCCUGACGAUGAAGGGUCUAAGACUGAAGGCAAGGCAGAGGUCAUCUCAGCAGAUGCCGAAACACGACUCCAAACCUUUGUCUUCUCUGCAACAAUGAGUAAGGAGCUCCAGCGAAACGUUAAAGAAUCUCGGCCUAAGAACUCGGGAGGAAAGCAUCGACAAGCCACGUCGACAUUGGAUGACCUCUUACUUUGCCUUGAUGUGCGCGACCCAGAAGGCCCUGAGGUUAUUGAUCUCAGCCCGGAGCACGGGGUCGUCGACACGCUGGUCGAAAGUAAAGUGGAGUGUCUGGUGGCUGACAAGGACGAACCAUUGGUAUUCUUGUCAGCGAUUGAUGGUGUUCGACGGUUGUUACCGUUACUGGAGAUGCUUGGCCAGAAAGUUUACCCAAUUCAUUCCCAGCUGGAGAUGAGACAAUGGCUGAAGAAUCUGGAUAGAUUCAAGUCGUCGUCAAAAUCCGUUCUGCUGGCAACAGAUAUUGCAGCUCGUGGAUUGGACAUCAAAGGGGUGGAUCAUGUUGUACAUUAUCAAGUGCCACGCUCUGCCGAUGUCUAUGUGCGUCGAAAUGGUCAGCCCGUGCGGGAGGCAAGGGCUUUAGUUUAUUAUUAA